AUGGGACUCUCAGCUAACAGGAAACAAAAGAAGAUCAUUUUAUUUAUUGACAAUUGUCCAGCUCACCCACAUAUUCAAAAUUUGACUAACAUCAAACUGGCAUUCUUACCACCGUGUUUGGUGGUCAGAUCAGUUAUUCAGCCUAUUUAUCAAAGUAUAAUUAAGACUCUUAAAGGCCAUUAUCGAAAGCUUCUAGUGGAGAAAAUGGUAAACGACAUUGAAAAAAGUACUACCCCAUUUGCCGUCAAUCUUCUGGAUGCCAUUGAAAUAACAACAAUAGCAUGGGCGCGAGUUACUCCAGACACAAUAAUAAAAUGUUUUUCACAUGCUGGGUUUGGUAAAUUUUCGAAUUUAAAUACAACUGAUGACGAUUCUAAUGAUGAAUUGGACAAUUUGCCAUUGGCGAGAUUAUCAUCAGCGGAAGCAACAGUUACGGAUUGGGAAACUUAUGUGAAUAUUGACGAUCAAGUUAUCACUACUGAUAACUUGACUGAUAAUGAAAUUAUUGAGUCUGUGCUUCAAACACAAGAAAAGGAGGAUGAAGAAGAGAAGAAGAUUGCAAUCUAA